AAAACCCCCAAGACGAAGACGACGACAACGAUAACGGAAGAAAGGAACAAUGGCAUCCAACCGCAAAUAUACAGAAAAAUUGAGGGUAGUAUGGUAAAAAUACACUUCGAGAAGGAUCGUACGUUGUGUGGACCGUGUCGUCAGCUCAGUGAUCUAACGCUGAUCCGUUAAAAACUGUGUGCGUGCGUGCGUGCGGGUGUUCUCCGGUUUCAUCGUUUUUUCCCAGGGAAACUAAUCUUCGAAUCAUUUUCUUGUCUUUCUCUGUCUCUCUAAUCAUUUUUCCUUUUUUCACAUCCAAUCGUACAAUUUACAAGUUCCGAUAUUUCCACUUUAUAAAUAAUUUUUUAUAUUCCAUAAGAAAAUAUUCGGUGAAAUCAGAGAAAAUCGCAAGAAUCUCAGCCGUUCAUUUGAGUUUCGUUGGCUCUCAAUCGAAGAAAACUUAAGCUUCUCUGUGGAGUGAUUUGCAUCCUUAUGGAACAUCUCACUGUUGCUCAAUCACAAUCUGAGAUCAACGAGGAUAUGUCUCUAAAGAAUCAUCCACCAGAAAAGGAUACGGACAAAGAUACUAGCAUGGAACCACCUACUAGUCCACGUCAUCGAAAGGUUCUUGCUAGAUGGUUACCAGAUGAAGCGCAGAGACCAAUAGUUGAUGAAGCUCCUGUUUUCUCUCCAUCAUUAGAGGAGUUUGAAGAUACACUUGCUUAUAUAGAAAAGAUACGUCCAUUAGCGGAGCCAUAUGGUAUCUGUCGUAUCAUCCCACCACCAACAUGGACGCCUCCUUGCCGUCUUAAGGAGAUGGGUAUUUGGGGGUGUACAAAGUUUCCCACUCGGAUCCAGAACGUGGACUUGCUUCAGAACCGGGAACCCAUGAAGAAGAAACCAAAGAGCAGGAAACGCAAACGGAGAAGAAACUCCAGGAUGGGUUCCUCUAGGAGACGAUCUACAUCUGCUUCUGGUUCUGGUUCUGGUUCUGGUUCUGGUUCUUCUCCCUCUGAACCUGCUUCCUCUCCUGAGGCAGAGGAGAAGUUCGGCUUUAACUCUGGUUCUGACUUUACUUUAGAAGAGUUUGAGAAAUACGCUCAGCAUUUUAAAGAGGCUUACUUUGAGAAGAAAGACUCUGUUGGUGAAACCAAAUGGACACCGUCUGUGGAGGAGAUCGAAGGUGAAUACUGGCGGAUAGUCGAGCAACCAACCGAUGAAGUUGAGGUGUACUAUGGAGCUGACUUGGAGAACGUGGUACUUGGAAGCGGGUUUUACAAGAAAGGGGAUAGAGAUAUGGAUCAGUACGUAGUUUCUGGCUGGAACUUGAAUAACUUACCGCGUCUCCCUGGCUCUGUUCUCUCUUUUGAGGAUUGUGAUAUCUCUGGAGUUCUAGUCCCAUGGCUCUAUGUAGGCAUGUGCUUUUCAUCCUUUUGCUGGCAUGUGGAGGACCAUCAUCUGUAUUCACUUAACUAUCAUCACUUUGGGGAGCCAAAAGUAUGGUAUGGUGUUCCAGGAAGCAAUGCAACAGCACUCGAAAAGGCGAUGAGAAAACAUUUACCUGAUUUGUUUGAAGAGCAGCCUGAUCUACUUCAUGGCCUGGUUACUCAAUUUUCUCCUUCAACCCUGAAAGAUGAGGGAGUCCAGGUUUAUCGUGUGGUUCAGAAUGCAGGGGAGUAUGUACUAACAUUCCCAAGGGCGUACCAUGCUGGAUUCAACAGCGGUUUCAACUGUGCAGAAGCGGUUAAUGUAGCUCCUGUUGAUUGGUUGGCUCAUGGACAGAACGCUGUGGAACUAUACAGUAAAGAGACGAGGAAGACUUCUCUGUCUCAUGACAAACUUCUCCUCGGAGCAGCUUAUGAAGCCGUAAAGUCUUUGUGGGAACUCUCAGCUUCUGUGGGAAAUGAAAACACAACAAACUUGAGAUGGAAGAGUUUCUGUGGGAAGAACGGAACACUUACCAACGCCAUCCAGGCUCGGUUACGUAUGGAAGAGGAAAGACUUGUUGAUCUUGGUAGGGAUCCUUCAAGCUUGGUGAAGAUGGAGAAGGACUUUGAUUCAAACUGUGAAAGGGAAUGCUUCUCAUGCUUUUAUGAUUUGCAUCUCUCGGCUUCUGGCUGCAAGUGCUCUCCAGAUGAAUACGCGUGUCUUAAACACUCUGACGAUCUGUGUUCAUGUGAAGAGAAGGAUAGAUUAGUCCUUGUCCGUUACACUAUGGAGGAGUUAAGAUCCUUGGUCAGAGCAUUAGAAGGGGAAGCAGAUGAUUUAAAGAUAUGGGCUUCCAAGGUCUUAGGUAUUGAACACAAUGAUGAAGAUCAGAAUAAUACUAGUUCAGUUAUCAAGGAGGAGGAGGAGGAGAAGCUAAAGGAAGGUUCGUUUGAUCUGAACAUUGACUUAGAGUUGGAUUGUCAGGAAGACGUUAAAGAAGAAGUGAGCACCAGUGGCGAGUUAAACACUUCAGAGAACUUUACUGCAUCGGUCGAGCCUAUAAACCUCGGUUUCUUGAUUUUUGGAAAGCUUUGGUGCAAUAAACAUGCUAUUUUCCCAAAAGGAUUCACUAGCCGUGUCAAGUUCUACAACGUGCUUGAUCCAACAAGAAUGAGCUAUUACAUCUCUGAGGUUUUGGAUGCAGGACUCAUGGGCCCAUUGUUUAGGGUUACUUUGGAAGAAUCUCCAGACGAGAGCUUCUUCAAUGUUUCACCCCAACAAUGCUGGGAAAUGGUGUUGCAGAGAGUUAAACACACAUCCACGAAUCUUGGUCUUGCUACUUCACCGCGGCUUGAAAGUAUAGACGGGCUUCAAAUGUUUGGUCUCCUCUCUACGUCUAUAGUUCAGGCCAUUGAAGCUCUUGACCCGAACCAUAAACUGGUAGAGUACUGGAACCACAAGAAGCAAACUCAAUCUGAACGAAAAGAUCACUUCAUAUCAUCAAACUGCUCCGUGAGUCUUACCAAAGGAAAGCUUUUUGGAGUAGAUUUGAUGUAAAAGAAGCUUAAAGAGCAACGAGACUUUUACCACCCCAACAGUGACUACCUUCUGGAUAGAUAGAAGAAGUUUCUUUCUGAUUCUUUUCUUUUCUUGGGAGCAUUUUAUUCAGAAUCUUUUGUUCGUUUUUCUCUACAAACAAAUAACCUAACCCUAGUGUUAGAAGUGUAAAACUAGGGAAAAAAUGUUCGAUUCUUUCGCUAAUGCCAAUAAUACAAAAUUCUUCAAUUC